GGGCGGAGACGCUCCGGGCCCUUGCGGGGCUUACAUUCCGUGCGCGUGCGUGUGCGUGUGCGUGUGCGUGUGAUUGCCUGGGCAGAGAUGCUUCGGGCCCUUGCGGGACUGACAUUCCCUGCGCGUGCGCGUCAUUUGGCGGUGGGACUGGCGCCGAGAGCCUCACUGUCGUCCGCUGUGUAGUCACAGAACCAGCCAAUCAUGAUGGAUGGAGGGAUGAUUAUAGAUAGCAAUCCGAUCGAUAAAGGCGAUGCCAUGGACGCCAGCGAGAUCGUCGUGACGCGAGCGGAGCAAUAUAUGUCGGAUGAAUGGAAAGCGGAGAGCAGGUGGACGACGAAGGGACCGCUGACGUCAACGGAGGAAGAGAAGGGGGGAAUGCAGGAGGCGGGGGAGGAAGACGACGAAGGCACUGUUGACGUCAACGGGGGUGGUUUAGUAAUGCCCGAGAGCUCGGAGAUGGUGGUGAUGAUGGACGUCGAGGAGGAGAACUCGGAGAUGAAAGAUAUGUCUAAUUUACCGGAUGAAAUAUGGUAUUAUAUUCUGUGUAUGGGUGUUAAAAGAGGCCUGAGAGCGCGGGAUGUGUGCGCGUUGGGGCUCGUGAGCCGUCGUUUGAGACGGAUCAGCGAUGGCGAUUGUGUGUGGGAGAAGCUAUGGGAAGCGGCUACAAACUCCGCGGGAAAAGAUGUUUUGGCGGGAGAUGCGGGAAGCAACGACGACCAAGCUAUGGUAGCCGAACGCCACAGCUGGAAAUCCAAAGUCCAUGCAAGACAGACUGCGCCACAGGUGCAAAAGGCAAUACUUGGUAUCAACCGCCGUCUUUACCCGAAUAGAACGCCGGGUCAUUCUAGCGCUCUCAUAAUACCCUGGCACAAGCGCGAGAAGCAGGAAGUGCUUGCCAUGCACAGGAGGCGUGUGCGGAGAUUGCAGAGUCAACUUGCAGUUUUGGAGUACGAGACACGCUCACUUGUACGCAGUCGGCGGACAGAGAAGGAGGCGCUUGUUGGCCUGCUCCGACAGUUUUCUGACAGAGAUAAGAGCAGAGGAGAGACGAGCAGCCGGUCAUUGUACUUUGGUGGAGUCGGCGAGAGUUCGAGGAAACAAUCAGUGGGCGGUACGAGUUCGACGGCCGGAGAGGAUUUUGCUGAAAGCUUCAAUCUCCAAAGCGGUGUGAAUAUUGAUGUGUACUCCUUGAAGCAAGAAGUUGCUGAAUGCCGUGAGCAUAUCGACCGUAUCGGCAGAAUCCUGAGGCAGAAAGAAACCCAUCUUCGACGGAUCGGUCUGGAGCUGCAGGCUCUCGCACAUAAUCCCAUGAAAGCUAACACUGAUGGCGUGCCCGUCGGGGAACAGCGCCUGGAGCUGAAGGAUAGGCGUGGAUCCACCCGCUGCCGCAGGGAUCGGCGGUACAGGCACUCCCGAUGAGUGGAGGGGAUUCAAUUUACUUAGGGGCGUAUUGCUCCUAAUGGAAUAGUUAGGACACACCCACAUUUUUGUCCGUACGUUUGGGCAAAGCUCUCAUGCCCUUGCACUAACCAACCAUUAACAGUGUGUGGCCAGGUAUGCCUGGAACGAUGGAACUUAUAUCUGUCGGUGGUCUCUCUUGUAGAGAUUCAAAGUGCUUUGCGGCGGGAUGUCUUUUUAACAGGUGGUGGUUCUAACAUAUGCGGCGAGGACGUCGUUACUAAUUGGUUAUGGGUGUUCAUUCUUUAUGCCAAUCGACUGUAAUGUGCAGAAACGCAGCUGACUGUUUCUACCUCAAAGUGUAACAUUUCCUUUCUUGUACAGAAGAAAGAUGGAUCACAGGCUUGCAGGUGUGUAUGCUUUCGCAUUUUCUGCUACGCACCUUGCUUGUAAGAUGUAAGAUGUGCCCUAUUUCACUCCCAAGGCAUCUGGCCCAUACGAUGCGCAUUAUUCAUCAUUGCUUUCUAGAAGAGCUGGUCUUUUUUCCAAAGAUCUCUGCCUGCUGCAAAGCUAUUUGAAGUCCAUUUGCAUUGGAGGAGGAGAAGGAGCAGGUUUGCCGUCUUCCCUCAUAAGACAUCUGUGUUGAUUAACGAAGGGUUGGUUGUGUAUAUGAGGGGACGACAAUGCGGCUUCGUAGCCCAUGAAUGCUGCAAGCGCUGCCACAAGCAAUCCAGGACUUGCACAUUUUUUGGAUGCAGUCUUCUUGAAAGCAUCCUUGGGAGCCCCCGCCUGAAUUUCGCUCCUGCUGCUGCUGCCGCUGCCGUGCUCCUUGAGUUGCCAGCAGGAGUGUCAAAGACGUAGUCAUGGCGCGCUAGCUAAUCUCAUCGUCACUCGUCAUGGUCCUCCAGGGCUUCUGCUCGACAUUGUGACGAUUGGUUCGCUAUGUGUACAUUUCCAACACUAGCACGUGCGGCAUCAACUUGCUCUGUCUCGAUGUUCUACUGGCUUAGGCGGAAGAGGAUCGAUGAAGUUCCUGUGGGCUAGUGUUUCUGAGCCCUCAUAAUGGUGGUAUACAUGUCCAGGGGUGAUGUAUGCUACGAGAAACUUUGAGAGACGGUUUUGUGUGUUUGCUCGUCGUCCUAACUACCUACAUUUUUUUGUGGCAAUCUCGCAUGCACAUUCUUGUUGGGUUGGCAUCCCGUCUACAUUCAGAUCAGCAUGCACCAACAGGAAGGCUGAGUGAUGGCCUUCUGAGUUUCAAACUUUUUAUGUGCCUAACCCCUGUUUUCCCUGUUCUUACCUAUUUGUCUCCCGCCCCGUUGUAUCUUGUUUCGCUUGCCAUUCAUGCUAUAUAAGACUCUUCAGUGUAAUCUAGGCAGACAGGGUGAGGGAGAUUUGGAAAUUUCUUAUCAAGUGAGCACUCUUUUGUUGGGAAAAGAGUGGUGUAAUCAAUCAAUCUGUAAGGCAGCAGUUCCGAUUGGAGGUCUCUGACUGCAAGUGGACUGAUUACGUGCAACCCUUCUAAGCACGGCGAUUUAGCGACUCUGUACCCAUAAAUGAACUACUGACCAGCAAAUGUCAAAGGAUCACUGAGAAGAGGGAGAGGGGGGAGGCGGGGGGCGGGCAGGGAGGAGGGGGGGGUCUACGAGUUCCGGUUCUGUCCUGAAAGGUGGUGGUGUGCUGAAGACCUCGGAUUCUCAUCUCCUACUUGAUCGCAAGACACACGGUUUGAGGAGGAUGAGCUGCUAGCAUGCUCACUGUGAGACUACCUGAAGCUUUAUUCAAUGGUACAGCUGACCAAGCGACUCUCUGCAUCCCCCUUUUUUUGCACAUUGCUGCCAUAUAGCCGUAGCAGGGCUCAGUUGCGUAGCGGGGCACCUUCUUUCUUGCCCAUGGCGUUCAGCAGAUCAUCGAUCGGCAUCGAAAAACAAAACAAAACAGACGACUCUCUACAGCUUGCUGAGUAUGACGGUCUGCGGCCUGUGAGUUUUCAAUGUGUGCUUCUUCCCCCUUCUGGUCGUUCAUUGUAAAAUGUACCGGGCCUUCCCUUCCCCCCUUCUCUGCGGCCUGUGAGUUUUCGAUGCGUGCUUCUUCGCUUCUGGUCGUUUAUUGUCAAAUGCAUCGGGCCUUCCCUUCCCUCCCCCCCUUCUUUCCAGGAGUAAAUGCUAUGAUGGUAUUUUGGGCAGUUAUGAGUGAGGGAGACAGUGAGGAAGAGAAGAACCGUGCAUGGACGGCUAGUCGUAGCAAGGAUGACGUCUUCAUGCCACUCCCGAUGACAGGAGCAUGUUGUUUCGAUAAACUGUCUGAGAACACAAUUGGAGGUCUGUGCGGAAAGUUGCGGCGAGUAGUGACAUCUUCUGUGUGUCCCUCUGAUAUUCUUGGAUUCAUUUUCCACUCUUGUGCUUGACGAUGCUAGGGGGACAGGGUGGUGGUUGAAUCUCUCGAGGACAUGAGGUGUCCAUCAGAGAUGUGUGCUUUACUUCUCUUCGCUGUCUAGCGACAGUAGACUUUUUAUGUAAAAGAUUUUGGUUCCCGCUUUCCAGUU